GCAGCGGCCCAUUGUGUAACUGACCAUCCUUAGCGAGGCUUUUGUUGGCUAUUUGGGUCACUUCCACCCUCAGGCCAUCAUGAGUAAAGCAGCCACGAACACUCUCUACAGGACUUCAAAGGAGAGAUGCAUCCAUCCCUUGGGGCAAGCACCUAUGAGGAGAAUUUCUGGGUCAUGAGGCAAGUACAUGCCUCAGUUUACUUGGAGCUAACAAUUUUCCAGAGUUUACAUUCCCAUCAACUGUGUGGUAUAUGCAGCUCUUUGUCCUCACCAGGCUUCCAUCUCAUCAGGCUUCUUGAUUUUAGCUGCACUGAUGGGUUUGAAUGCAGGAGACAUCUCUUGGUUGGUUUUUUUGUUUGUUUGUUUUAUUACUGGCAAAGUCAGCACUCAUUCAGUGCUUUCUGGAUAGUCUCGUAUCUCACAAUUGUCACGUGUCUGUCCAAGCCUUUAGCAUCUUAAACUUGUCUAUAAUUUUUCUGUUGAACUCUUGGUCUUGUAUCAGAGAUUUUAUUGUGAAUAUUUUCUCUCAACCUGUACUCUACCUUUUCAUUUUCCUAGCAACCUCUUUCAAAGAUCAGAAGGCUUUACUUUUGAGGACAAAUUUAUCUGUUUCUCCCUUUGUGAUUUUUGUGUUUAUGCCUACUAAGGUCUCACGGACUCAUGUGAUGACUCAUAGCCCCAGCAGGUGGCGCUAUUUUGAGAGGUGGCGCUUUGCUAGAGGAAGUAGGUCACUGGAGGCGUGGCCUUGGGGAUGCGGCUCCUUACUUAGCUCUUGGGUACAUUUGUCCUUCUGCACUGCACUCCGUUCUAAAUGCUCAUUUGGGCUUUUAGAGCCAGGUUUGUCUUUGUCUAUGCGCCUGCUCACCUGAUGCUCCAGGGAUCUCCAUCGCUGCCCACCCACUAUGGCUUCUCAGCUUCCGAAGUGCAGCCUCAUCUGCAGCCUGGAGCUCAGCCCCAGCUAGGACCUCCAAGACUACUGUGUCUUAGUGGGAGUCCUCUCCGAGAGUCAUCCUCGCCCAAGGGCCCUAGAAGGCGUCUUUCCACCCUCCAUGACCCCACGACUGCUCCAAUUCCUUGGAAUUGGAGCUUCUGGCCCAGACCGCAGCUACAGGCAGAUCUGCCCAGUCUUCACUCCUCAGAUCCCCAAAGGCUUAGUUAGAUGUCACAUGUAGACCUGCCACAGGUGGUACCUGGAGUUAGAAAGGGGGAUUCUUUCCAGGCUGGUGGCUUCCUUGUCCUCUGGUACCCAACAGCCCUCCUUCCUGCUCCUCUAGACAUCCUCUGUUAGAUAUUUGCGGACAUGCGUCCAGCCCGCGCUCACCCAAAGCAGGGAGGUUCUGUGGAGCGCUCUUGUCUUUUCCCUGACUCAGCAAAGCGGGGACACUGAAGAAUGAGUGGAUGGAUGAGAGGUGAGCGCAGCCUGGCGAGGAAACUGAGGAAAGCCCGGCGUUGGUACCAACUCGACACUCAAGAGUUCUUGACGUGGAUUCGCUUGGUGUCCGCCAGUCUCGCCCCGCCCCCUUCUUGCCUCCUUUUCUGCUCCCUUCCCCUCUGUGCUACCUGCGUCACGCACCCCCUAAGUGUAGCCCCGCCCCGAGCUCCUGCGUCCUCAGUCUGGGUCCGUCUCUAGGCAACCGCUUACCGGUACAGCAGCGAAGCAGCUGUCUGACCGUGGGCCUCAGGCGCCAUGGACCUGGUCAUCACGCAGGAACUGGCCCGUGCCCAGAAUCAACAAGACACAGCUGCCCUGCAACGAGCUUAUGAGCUGAUCAAGUCAGCAAACCUGGGAAAGUCGGAGUUCGACCCCUCAGAGAGCUUCAGCCCGGACCUGUUCGUGCUGUGUGCAGAGCAGGCACUCAAGAUGGGCGAGCCUGAAAUGAGUGAUGACUGCAUCCAGAUGUACUUCAAAGUGAAGGGGCCAGUCACUCAGUUUCUGGGUCGAGCACAUUUGUGCAGGGCCCAGCUUUGUGCCCCACAAUCAGAGGAAAACCUGGAGGAAUUUGAAAAUUGUGUGACUCAGUACAUGAAGGCUAUAAACUUCGCAAAAGGAGAACCGAGGUAUUACUUCUUGGUGUUCAAUGCUUCUGUUCUCUACUGGCACAUGGUGCGACCAUUCCUCAAGCCUGGAUAUCACCAGUAUGUGAUCCCCAGCCUCUCCCAAAUCGUCAACGUGUUAAAUCAGACAGAAGAGGAGGACAAGGAGUGGCAGGCAGAGCUGAUGAUGGAACUUCUUGAAUGCUACCUGCAAGCCGGAAGGGACGAGGAUGCUGCCAAGUUCUGCACGACGGCCGCACCAUUCGUCAAAGCCAACGUGCCGCACAAGUACCGGCACAUGUUCUCAGUCAUGGUUCGUCAUGAACUAAUGGAUGACCAUCAGUUAAGGGAAGAGAAAAAGCAUUCCACAAGUCUCUCCAUCACUUACCACAUCAAUUCGCUAAAAGCGAAAUUGGAUAAAAAUAAUUUGCCAGAAGACAUCAACCAAAUUCUGAAAAAAGCCUAUAAACAUUUAAGUCAUUACAGUCACCAUCGCUUCCCUGACAUCAGAGAAGAAAAAAUGCUUCUGCUCUUUGAGUUGGGCCGCCUGUCCCUGACCUUGAAAAAUGAGCCCAUUGCCUGCGACUGCCUCUCAGAUCUGAAGAAAAUUCAAACCAAAGAUCCUGGCAUGCUGCUAGAAAUUGAAGGCCUGGAGUGUGAAUUAGAAGCUUUGAGACUGGAGAGCAAACUUAAAAUAUACCUUCGAGGAGCCGUGGAGUUGCCAUCCCCAGCACUGGCUUUUCCAGAUGGUGACCAUAACAAGUUUCCCAUCCUAGUCUCACAACCCUCAGCCAGCCACCCAACAUGCCCCCUACAGAACCAGCUGGACAUCAUUAAGAGACUGGACAUCACGCUGCAGCGGGCCAUCCGUUUGGGUGACCCCAAGACCAUCCAUGUGCUGUGUACCACCCAGUGGAACACCUGCCUGCCCCUCCUGCAGCGCAACCUGAGGUGCUACCUCCGAAAGCCACUGACCACCAUCGCCGAGAUUCUGGAAAAGGUUGAUAGCCUCAUGACCAUGAUGCGCUGCCAAGUCCACAUGGAGUUGGCAUAUAUUGAGCAGGAUGAGGACCGGCUGGAGCCCGCCAUGGAGCACCUGCAGAAGGCCAUGCGCCUGGACAGCCUAGGCCUCUACCAGGACAAGAUGAAGAUAGCUUACAACCGGCUGCAGUUGUGUACCAUGCUCUACCAGUCCCCUGACCGCCCCGAGGACAAGGCCACCAUGGCCAUUGAACAGGCAAAGAAAGCCACCCUGAAAGACAGUGCCCGGAAGAAGCGUGCACUCCUGGUGAAUGCAGGCCUGGCCCUCGCCCCUGACACCUUCCAGAUCGUGCUGGACAGCGAAAAUGAGGCCAAAGUUUCCACUGGGAAAACCAGGGGUCGCUUCACCUACCUCUGCGCCAAAGCUCGACAUCACAUCCUCAGUGUGGAUAAGGCCGCUGGACACCUGCGGCGUCUGGGCAAUGAGAACGACAAGGAGAGGAUUGCAAUUUGGGCCGAGCUGGCCAAGGUUGCCUGGAAGCAAGACGUAUGUGAUGUCUGCCGCACAGCAACCCGCUUCUGCCUUCUGUAUGACAAUAUCAAGUCAAAGAAGACCUCAAAGCUAAGACGAGGGAAGAAGAAAAAAGGUGUCGAUGGCUCUGUGCAUGACGGGGGGACAUCUGAGGUGGUCCUGCAAAAGCGCAUGUCCCCUGACCUGCUGAGGAAGAUCGCGGAGGUGUCCUUCCUCAGCGCUGAGGCCACUGUCCACUUGCUGCGCUUGGAAGGUGUGGAACUGAAUGACCGGGCCAUCCCGCCUGAGGACUUGAGCCAACACCCAGCUGGCUAUGUGCCUGAGCCACCAGAUAGCAAUCCAGAGUGGAUCACAUACAGAACCUGGAUAGAAAGCCUGUCACAGUAUGCCAUGAGCAACUGGCUGCGUGCUGCAGAGAUUGGGCAGGAGAUAGGGGAAUCCUGGAUUGUGCAGAACGCCGUGGUCUAUGUUUUGAAUCACAACCGUCAUCUCAUCUUGGCCGGGAGGCAGAAGGAGCUGGUGGAUUCUCUGUGUCACCUCCUCAACACCCUCAAGGCCACUGACUACAAAGGGGACUCAGUUAUGCUCGUCAUGCUCUGUGAUGCCCUGGCUCGAGGCCUGAUCCUCAGCUGGAUUCCCAUCCAGACACCCGAAAAGUCGAAAAAGAGCAUGCGCCCUAACUUUGUUCAUGUUCCGCUCGAGUCAUCGGCCUCACCUGAGAUCAGAGCCGCACUGGAGGUCUGUGAGUUCGCACUGAACCUCACUAAUGGGAACGUGCCGGAGGAUGUCGUCCCCACCAGUGUGCGGCAGCAUCUCAUCUCCACCUGGGUGAAGACCAAGCAGCUACUGCAGCAGCAGAUUGGACAGCGACUGGGCACUGAUGAACAGAGUACCAAUGAGGACAUCAAUGCCGUCACCAGAGUCCUUGUUGCCCUUGAGAUGUACUCAUGCAAUGGACUGGGCCUCAUGGACUUCAGUCUUCCCCCGCUAGCCCAGGUGAUGAAAAUGGCUUCUGAGUGCAGCUGGUCAGAACCCCUGGUGGAGCUGCAGACCCUGACCCGCCUCACCCACUUCGCCUAUGUGGCUCACGACCACGAGAUCACCAUGGCAUGUUCUCAGAACGCCACACAGAUGGGCCUCAAGCACCUGAGGUCGUUUGGCAGGACCGAUGCCAAGCUGGCAGCAGAAAUGCUGUGUACUGUGUCCUGCAUCCAGGGCCGUAGCAUCAUGGAAAACUUGAAGGGUAGGAAGCAGCUACGGCUAGCAGCAGCCAAGGCCUUUAUAGAGAGUGCCAGGUUUGGGGGCCUGGCAGACAGCAGUUCCCUGGUGAUGAUGGCCGCCCGACACUACUGGAACACAUGGCUCCCGCUUCUGUCCUCACCAAGCAGCAGGAAAAAGGCCAAGGGAUCCCUCCAGCGGAUCAUCAACAUCAUCAACAAGACAGACACCAAGAAGCAGGAGACAGAGAAAACUCUGCUUCUGCACCAGUGGCCAACAGCUGAUUUCCAGGGCGGAGGGACAUCACCUGAAGGCCAGUUCCUUCCAGGGUCUGAGGAUGACCUCACACUCCGCGCUGCACUCUAUAGCCUGCUCUUCCACAGCCAUGCUGACCAGAAUGACUGGGAGAUGGGCCUCAAGGUGCUGGAUGAGGCCGUCCAAGUGCUGCCGAGAACAGCCCACCGCCUCUUGAUUUUCAAACAUAUGGUCAUUGUGAAGGCCAAACUUGGCCAGAACUUUACCAUGGAAAUCCAGAAGUUCAAGGAUGAGAGCGAAGAUUAUUUGGCACACAUGUGGUACCGUCUGGCUCAGAACUCGAGGAACAUCUGUGGGGAGCUCACCUGUUAUCAAAAUGCUAUCCAGGCGCUGCAGAAGCCAGAGAGCAACUGGCAGAAGGUAGAUUACAUCGUGGAGUUCAGUGAAUGGCUGUAUUACAAGCAGUUCCCUAUGGAAGAGGUGGUUGCCCACCUUGAGUGGGCAAUUGAGAUUCUGCUAUCCAUGAAACCCACUGAAGAUGCCCCUGAGCAAGAGCCAAAGGAAGGUCAGGUCUCUCCUGCUCAGUUUCCUAUAAAGAGUGCAGUGUCCUUGAAUCUGGAGACAGUCUCCUUGGGCCAGUUUCGAAGUGUGAGGCAGUUGGAGGCCCUGGCCCGUGUGCACAUCCUUCGGGCCUUGAUGGUGUCCCCAAGCUCUUCUUCCUAUGAAGAUGACUGCUUCAUGGCCUACAGCUUCCUCAGGCGCAUCUGGCAGAUUUCCUUGGUAUCAGGAGGAGAACUAAUUAUAGAAAAAACUUUACAAGUAGUUAGUUCACAAUUGUUACUGACAAAAAAGGAGAAGGAAAAGGAGAAGGACAAGGACAAGGAGAAAGACAAGGAGAAGAAGGAGAAGAAGAAGGACAAGGAAAAGGACAAGGAGAAAGAGAAGGAGAAGGAAAAGGACAAGGAGAAGGAGAAGAAGAAGGAGAAAGAGAAGGAAAAGGAGAAGGGGAAAGAGAAGGAGAAGGAAAAGGAGAAGGGGAAAGAGAAGGAGAAGGAGAAGGAGAAGAUCAAGGACAUGAAACAGAUUUCAACCCCAGCUUCCAACAAGCCACUUGAUUAUAUUCCCACCAGCAUAGAAGAUUGGGCCUCCUACUCCUGCCCUGAGGAUCUGUUGUCUGUGUUCAAGCAAGACAGGAGUGACACUACUGUUAACUCAUCAAGUUUCCAGAAGCCGACAUACAGUUUGUAUUACAUAGACCACUUGGCCAAAGCCUUGCAAAAGAUGUACCUUCACGAGCUCAGCAUCCCGGUCCUGCAGCUGGCUGUACUGAUUGCAGAUGUGGUGGUGGAGAGCAAGAGCCUUGCGGACCUCUACCACCUGCGACUUUUGCAGGUGUGUUCCGACCUGAGGCUGCACUACGCAGCGGCUUAUCAUGAAGAGGUGAUUGGACAGGCGUACAUUGGGGACAUGGAACAGGCCAGCUGCAGAAAAGAAAUCACAUUUAAAAAGGAGAAGAACAAGGAGCCUGUGAUAGAAGACAGCCCGCUAACGCUGCCGGAGCAGCCGACUCCAUCCCGCUCUAUGGAGGUGAAGCCACUGAUAGCUCAAGACAAGAUUUUGAAGAUAAAUGGAGAGACUGGCAAGGGCCUGGAUGGGACAUCCUGCCCUCAGCUGUGGAUGCUCAAAGGGGAGGUCCUGCUGGAGUUGGAGCUGUACCAACCGGCACGGCUGCUCUUGUCAGAGGCCCAGCAGACUUUCCAGGAGCUAGGCAAUAUCUGCGCAGAAGCACAGUGCCUGUUGCUUCUAGCACAGUUGGCCAAUAAGGAAAAGAACCAUGGACAAGCUGUACUCAUGAUUGAGAGGGCCCAGCAGCUAGGCGGAGCUGAGGAGUUCUGGUACAAUUCAACCUUGGCUCUGGCUGAAGCCAUCUUAUCCUCUGAAGAUGAUAGAAAAGAAGUCAAAGUUUUCAAACUGUUUCGGAAACUCAUAGAAACAUUCAAGGUUCUCCAGAAUGAAAGACCAAACCGAGUAUCCCUACUGAAAUACCUCAUCAUGGAGCUAGAGGCCAGGUGUGUGACACUUCAAAUCCAGCUUGCCUGCAACUCUGUUGACGGCGAACUUCUUGAGUACCCACUUUUGCUGAUGGACCUAGAAAAGCACCUGUUGAAAGUUGAAGAAAACUUCAUACGCAGUGGCUACAAGAAAAAUUGUGUCGACUUAAAACUAGAGCACGCAAGGAUAAAGAAGUUAUGCGCUCAAAAGGAGAAAGAUGGAGAAGAAAAAACUGCCUAUUGGCUGGAAGUGUAUAACUUGUCCCAGGAAGCUAUAGAUGAGGAAGAAGAACUAUUUCACAGAAUCCAGGGGAUACUGUCCCUUCAAGAUUUACAGAACAUCAACUCCCCACUGAUGAGAAGGCUGGCCCGCCUCAAACUCCGCCUGGCAGAAACAUGCCUGGACAUGCAGCAGCUGGUCUGCAAGGAGGCCUUGGAGCUGCAGCUUGAGCAGGGUUCCUUCGAGAGGCUGCUUGCAGACUUCCUUCUGAACAUCAGCAACUACUCGUCCAUCGACUUGCAAUGGUUCAUGCUAAAGCGGACCCUGCCUCACACAGUGCUGGCGCAGCUCGAGAGUCUGCAGCCGCUGUCCGUGGGCUGCAUGGACAUCCGUGCUCAGCUUCUGGUCCUGGCCGGGAAGGCCCUCCACCUGCUGUCUGUGCAGACAGACCCUGUGUACCCUUCCUUCUGCUGGGAGGAAGACCUCUUGGUAGGCACUAAGCAGAGCAGCCUGAGAUCGCUGGAGCUGGAGACCGAUACAGAGGACAAGAGUGUGGAGACCUCUUCCAGGGACUCCACAACCUUGAAGGAAGCCCCCAAGGAACAAAACCGGAAGGGAGAGGGUCUGAAGAAGAGGGCGGUGCUGGCCCAGAGGUUCCUGGCGCAGACAUCAGAGGUACUGCUGCAGUGUCUGCAGGCUGCCCUGAGCAUCAACCUUCUGGACAUCGCAGCCACUGCCAGCUUGGAGAUGGUGGAGUGUAUUGGCAUCCUGGAUCCCGCAACCACAUGCCAGUUCCUGGCACUGUCGCAGAGCUGUUCAACCUCAGAGAUGAUGCGGAAUGUUUUGCUCACCGCCACGAACAAUACCAGCAGCUCACAGCUGGCAGCCCUCCUGCAGCUCCACAAGCGACUGAGGCAGCAGGACAUGGCCUCCACCAGCCUGUUUGCCAGUGUAGAGCAGAGGCUGGCCACCACUUCCAGGGCAUGGCAGAACCUCUGUGUCACAGAGCAGCAUUUCACCUUCCUGAAUGAGAUUCCACCCAUGUUCCGGAUCCUCUUUCUGCAGCACUCGAGAGACAGGUCCUAUCUGUAUGGUGCUGCCUUUGAGAGACCAAAAUCCAUGCCUGCACCCAAGGGGAAAAUGGUCCCAGUGGGCGGUCACUGCAAGGUAAUGCGGGUGACUAUGAGUCCAACUGCCUUCUCAGACCUGUUGACCAGGGUCCAUUGGUUCCGGAAGCAGACACAGAGCCAGAAAUCGGACACCUUGCAUGAUGAGGAGCGAGACCUGUGCAUGCAGAGACUCAACAGCAUCCUGGAGCACUUGGAAGAGUAUAUGAAGCCCAUCACUCCCCUGUUCACCUUCCCAGAAGCCAGAACACAGAUGCCAGUGGCUAUGGCUGAUACAGGGAAACACAAAGGCAAAGAGAAGGAAAGGAAGCCGUCUCUCCCUUUAGUGCAGCCUGAUCCUGAGUACAUGAUCCUGAUCGCAGACAGGCUCCUACUGGAGUUGCCCCUGGAGGGGCUCUCCGCAUUUGACCAGGUCACCUCCCUGUCAAGAGAGUUUUCCCUCCAGAUGCUGUGGAAUCGUCUCCAUAAGGAGGAGCUAGAAGGCAGUGUGAAGAAAGAGGUCAAAAGCAAGGAUAUCAAGAAGAAAGGUCCGGGAAAGAAAGGCCCGAAGAGCACCGUGAUCAGGGUCGUCCCACCCGAAUGCAUCCUCAUCGACUCGGACACUUUCAAGUUUGUUGUGGACCCUUAUGAGGAGGCGGAGAACAAAGAGGUGUUGAAUCCUGUCUCCAUAACCCAGGAGAUCUUGGAUAAGUUCCGAGACUCAUACACUGCACGUUGGAUGGGGCAUCUGGGAAGCUACCACUUUCCAAGCCAGACUGACUGGGAGCAGAUACUGGACAGCUGCAGAGGCUUUUUCUUCUACGGGAUGGAGGGCUUCCUGUCCCACCUGGUAGUGGAAAGACUGGUAGCCAUGGAUCUACAAGAAUGCCAGAUGAUGGUCCUGCUGGACUUGACAAGAUCCCCUGAGAGCAGGAAGCGGAAGGUAGAGUCCACAGAGAACAAGAGUGCAUCACAGCGGUCCUUGGAGAAGCCCAUCAAGACUGCCAUCCUUCUGAGCCUGGUGGGGGUUGAAAGCAUCGUGGCUAACCAGUGGCCCACACUGCUGCAGGACAACGCGCUGAGGGCCACCAUCCUGUGGGAGAACAUGUUAGCAUUUGGCAAGCCACUUGGGAAAACUGUUCGUCUCAUUCAGAGGAUAGGCAACGAAACAGGUAACCCAGCCUCUAACCUAGGGAGUAAAGCUUCAGGGAGGGCUGCAGGAUGUUGCUGUUCUAGAUGAGACAAACUCCACCCACCCAUCCUUCAAACAAACCUCGUGCCAAGAUGUGCCAGCUGCAGUGAAAGAAUCUGCAGAUAAAUUUCACAUGUAGAUACUAGAGUAAAAAAAAGAACAGAUAAAACUCUAGCUAAUUGCAUUUAGCAAUACACUAAAGUGAAAAUGUACCAUAAUUCAUGAAGAUUUAUCCCGGGAGAGUUUAAAAUUGAGAAAUCUGAAAUACAUUCAAUACAACUCAGCAGGAGAUUAACUUUUGAAAAAUCUUACACUCCCCAGUGCCUGGGAUGUAGUUGCCAGGGAAAAGAGGGGAGUUGGAUGUGUAAAUGUAUUUGAGAGGGUGAAUGAAUGAGGAGUGAAUAAGCGGGCGAGCAAAUGAACAAAUGAAUGAGGAGUGAAUGUGUGAACUUGUGCGUGUAUUAGUGAGUACAUUAGUAAGUUGAGGGGUGAAUUAAGUGGGUGAAUAAGUGAGUGAGUAAAUGAGUGAGUGAGUGAGUCAGGAAUAAAUGAAUGAAGUUGUCUGUUAGUAAUUGAAAGAAUGAAUUUGUGAGAAUAAGUGAGAACAGUGACUGAGCAGUCAAGUAAAGGAAGAGAGCAGAGAGGUGGACAAGGGUGGUAAAACCUGCCACUUCUUCCUAACAAACCAGAAACAGGACUGGACAUGACUCUGCCCACUCGGUCUGCGCUACAGAGUGGCCAGCAUGUCGCUUUGCCGUAAAUGGGGAAAGAGCAAACUGUGCAGGUCUCAUGACCGCCACUGUCAGCGUUGGUCCCCUCGUUCCUGUCAUCACAGAGGGCCCAACUUGAAGCAGGUAGCAUGUGUUUGGAAGGAAGGGACCAACUGAUGCUUAUACCUGUGAGUCAUCCUGUCUAGGGUAGGGGUGCCUCGAGGCAUCACAGAGGAAGCUAUGAGGCCAGUCUCCAGGUUUAAGGUGUUCCAGGGUUCCAGGGGAGAUGGGCAGGGGGCUUGGGGUCAGGCCCGAUCACAUUCUGGUGCUGUCGUUAACAACCACAUAGCCAGACCUCCAUAGCUUAAAAACUCGGCAGCACUGAGGAGCAGGAGGUGGCCGGGCUUCUGUGGUCAGGCUGCAGGGAGAACUCAGGGCCCCCUGCAGCCAGAAGCACCAACCUGCUCCCUGAUGCUCCCCUCUUCAUGGUAUCAUGCCCUUGGUGAGAGGCUGGGUAUCCAGGCAGGACUCAGGCCGCUGCCCGAGAGCUCUGGGGCAGCUUAUGUC